AUGUCAAUGACCAUGCUCCUCGAGAAGCUGUCCGCCAAUGCCCUCACCAUGAUCGACGGUGAGCUCAACUGCCCACUGUGCGAGUACAUGGUCAAGAGAAUCGAGACGAUGCUCGCCAGCAAGGCCAACGAGACUGUGAUCAUCAACACAUUGGACAAUGACUGCAAGGUGUUGGUCAGCGAGACAUUCAUCGAGUCGUGCAUCACCAUCGUCAACGACUACACGCCACUCAUCAUCCACGCUCUCGAGAACAAGGAGGACCCACGUCACAUCUGCAGCUCAAUCGGUGCCUGCAACAGCACCAUGAUGUCGGUCGGUCUGCUGCGCCAAUUCACCAUCCUUGGAGGCGAGCUCGAUUGCCCACUGUGCAAGUACAUGGUCAAGAGAAUCGACACACUCCUCAACAGCAAGGCCAACGAGACCGUCAUCAUCGACACGUUGGACCGCGACUGCAAGGUGUUGGUCAGCGAGACCUUUGUCGAGUCGUGCGUCACCAUCGUCAAUGACUACACACCACUGAUCAUCAAUCUCUUGUUGCAAAAGGAGGACCCAUCCGCCAUCUGUGAGAAGAUCAGUGCUUGCACCAGCAGCGACAACAUCAUGAAGCCAGCCAUCAAGAAGUUUGGCCAAUACAUUGCCAAUCUUGUCUAG